GGGAUUUACAGCGAACUCGAACAUGGCUGCGUCCUUAGACGAUGAUGUUGACUUCAAUAAUCAGGAUUACUACUCGCUACUCAACGUGAGGAAGGAGGCUACUCUGGAGGAGCUGAAAGCAUCGUACAGGAGGCUAUGCAUGCUCUACCAUCCUGACAAACAUCGCGACCCUGAGCUGAAAAUACAAGCUGAACAGCUUUUCAAUCAGGUGCACCAAGCCUUUGAAGUGCUAAGUGAUCCUCACGCUCGAUCGAUCUAUGACCUCUUUGGGAAAAAAGGAUUGGAAGUAGAGGGCUGGGAAGUGGUAGAACGAAAAAGAACACCAGCAGAAAUUCGGGAAGAGUAUGAACGUUUACAACGAGAAAGAGAAGAGAGGAAGCUUCAGCAAAGAACGAACCCCAAGGGCACCAUCAGUGUGGGUGUGGAUGCGACUGACCUCUUUGAUCGUUACGAUGAAGACUUUGAGGAGACGCCAGGUGGAGGUUUCCCUCACCUUGAGAUCAACAAGAUGCAUAUCUCCCAGUCCAUCGAGGCCCCUUUGACAAACUCUGACACAGCGGUGCUCUCUGGCUCGCUCUCGACACACAAUGGUAACGGUGGGGGCAACAUUAACAUGACUGUUCGGAGGGUUACAUCUGCUCAAGGCUGGGGAGAGGUGGAAUUUGGAGCAGGAGACAUAUUGGGACCUCUCAUUGGUUUGAAGGUGUUUCGUAACAUCACGCAGCGAUGUUUCUUGACAGCGCAGUGCGGCUUGCAGUUUUCCCCCCGAGGCUUACGCCCCAGCUGCUCUUUGAUGACAGCACGCCACCUGGACCAAAACACGAUGGGUUAUCUGCAGUGGCGCUGGGGGCCCACCAGUGCCAUGACCACAAGUGUGGUGCGGGACACGAAGAGUAGUCACUUCACUCUGGCUGUACAGCUGGGUGUUCCCCACUCCUACCUAAUGAUGAGCUACCAGUACAAGUUCCAAGAUGAGGACCAGACCAAAGUCAAAGGUUCUGUCAAGACAGGCUGGUUCGGAACAGUGCUGGAAUACGGAGCAGAGAGAAAGAUCAGUCGCCACAGUGUCCUGUCAGCCACUGUCAGCGUCGGCGUCCCUCAGGGAGUCACACUGAAGAUCAAGUUGGCACGUGCCAGUCAGACGUACUUGUUUCCAGUUCACCUGACAGACCAGCUGCUGCCCAGCGCUGUCUUCUAUGCCACGGCGGGGCCGCUGCUGGUCUACAUGGCCGUCCACAAACUGGUCAUCAUCCCUUACACGCGAGCGCAGAAAGAAGAAGAGCUGGAGCUGCAGAGGAAGAGCUCAGCCACAGACAUUGCCAAGAAGAAGCAGGAGGCCGAGUCUGCUGUUCUGCUGAUGCAGGAAUCUGUGAGGAGAAUCAUCGAGGCCGAAGAAUCCAAGAUGGGCCUGAUCAUCCUGAAUGCCUGGUAUGGAAAGUUUGUGUCCGAAACAAGCCAGAAGCAGGAGAAAUCCAAAGUCAUUGACGUCACCGUGCCGCUGCAGUGUCUAGUCAAGGACUCCAAACUCAUCCUCACUGAGACUUCCAAGGCAGGCUUGCCAGGCUUCUACGACCCCUGCGUGGGAGAGGAGAAGGGCCUGAAAUUGCUCUACCAGUUCCGAGGAGUCAUGCACCAGGUCAUUUCCGCAGACACCGAGCCGCUCCGGAUACCCAAGCAAUCUCACAGGAUUGAAAGUGAAUCUUCUUAGGAGCCAUGGAGCACCGGAGGGCAACGAAGGAACAAAUACACUUUUUGACAACAGGUCCGGCCUUUGGUCCUCCUCUGUGAUGGUAUUAGUGAAUCUUUUUUUUUUUUUUUUCUUUUUAUCAAGUCCCUCCAAUCCUUCUUUUCCUACGAAGCUGCGGCGUUCAAGCGUCCACUGGGAAUUUGCAGCGCACGUUUGCCUGACACUUGACAGGGCAGCUCGCAUAUCAUCUGCCCACCGAAGAAGGACAGAGUAGCACUCAACAGAAGGGCCCAUCAUGGUGCCAUCAAUGAUCGGUCAAAGCUUCACCAGAGUGUCAAGUACGCAGCCACUUAAGGAAAAGCCCGCUUUUACCUCAUUGUGGACUUGGACUGAUCCUUUGUCCUUCAGAAGAUUUAUUAUGUAUUACAUAGUAUGAUGUCCUUGUUAUAUAAACUGGAUCAAGUCAUAGGGUGGCUUGUACUGAACGUUACUUUUUUGUUAAGGUCACGACAUGUUUUUGGUUUGUCUGCUGUGCGGUCGGGUGUCGCUGCGUGCAAAUGUGUGAAAAAUAAGAGUGUGAAGGAAAGGGAAGUGACAGGGAGGGCAGGAGGGUGCCGCUCUCUCCAUUUUGGGAAAUGGUCAUGCGAUUUUAUUCGGAUUCCGUGUUCGGCGUUGGUGGUUUAGUUGUAGCAAUAAUUACAUUUCGGCUGCUACUGAGACAUAAACUCUGAUGCAAAUGUGUGAUGUUUACUUUCAUUUAAAAUUGUACUCUUGAAUUGAAGACUGACGGUUUGUUAUUCUGUACAGAUGGAACCAUCUCCUCUGGAACAGAAUAGUACUUUGUUUUAAAUGACGAACAGUUAGCUAAGUCAGGACAUAACGUUUGGGUCCUAUCUUUCACAUGGUAUUUUCUCUUGUUUUUCCCUCUUGUUGCUACUUUCAGUUGCGCUUCGCAUGUUACGUGUUUUUUUUUUAACUGGUCUUUUAGAACUUGCACUUAUAUUACUUUUAGAACUGCCCUUUAGUUCUGAGCUAUUCUAUCAAAUGUCAUUCUUUCAAACAAUUGAUCACGAUAAUAAGGAUUAUAAUUGCCAUUAUAAUCAAGACUGUAAUAGAAAAUACUGCAUAUUUUUGCACUGAAAUGACUGAAUGCUGCAAAUAAUUCCAGUUCUAGGUGGAAGUACUUAAAUACUGAUUUGCCUUCUUGUUACUCUUAAAUUCUGUUCGUUGUCCAGUAUUUGUCCAAUUUCUUGUUUUAAAAUGUGUUGCGAUUGGUAAGGCACACAUGCACAAUCAAAAGAGAUCUAAUACAAGAGCUGCGACAUAUAUUCCACCUCUUCAAAGAUAGUAAGGCUGUGUUUUUGAAUGACAUUGUCAGUGGUAGAAUUACAAAGUAUUAUGUAUAAUAUUUACAAGAGCUCGACCAAGGGAAGGAACACUUCUUUCAGCAGUUUAUACAUCGCAUAUUAUUACAAUAUUAAAUUAAAGACAAGUCAAUUAAAAUGACAUUUUCUUGCGGUGACGGUUUUGGAGUUAGGCGUGUGCAAGUGCACUAAUCUUGUGACCGGGUUGAGUUAUUUUGACAGGUGUUCGUCUCAUGCCCGCUGCAGCGACACUCUCAGGCCAGUAUAAGAACAGCACCCUAAUUGUUACAUUCCAAGCCACGUCCAAAAUGUCCCUAUGUAGUCUACAAUAUGUGUACCGUCUGCUCACUUCAAUGAAAAUACUACAAUAAAUAUAAUUC